GUCACCCUAGCAUUGGCAAAUCCCAUCCCACCAUCCUAUCUACUAAACGCCAUCCCUUCAUCAGCAACCCGGGUCCUUGUGCUCGAGCAAGUAUUUCGCUGGACAACAAAAUGGACGCCUCUGUACCUUGACGUUGUCAGUGCGCUGCAACAUCGAGACUCGGAGAACCCCGUUGCUGUAUACAAUGGUAUCCUUGGCGAUACUAGUCAACUGCAGCUACCUGAGCUUCUUGGGCUGUUGGAUCAAGCAUCAUCCUCGCCCAAAUCAACACGUUUGCAGCUCGGAACCGUUCCAGCUCUUGAAUCCUCCACCUCCAAAUUGCCUCAUGUUCCGAAACAUGAAGCAGCUUACACAAAACUUCUUUCUCAUCUGUUCAAAGAGCGACUGGAAGUUUCGAAUUCCCCCGAACUUGUUGCUUCUCAAGGUGAGAUCGCAACGACCCCGGAGUUCGCACUUGGCCGGGUGCGCGGCGAAUUGGAUCGACGAGCGGAGCUCCUUGCAUCCGUGCAGGAGUUACUACAGGAAGCCGAACUUCAUCCAGAACUCCAUUCCCUGCUGACCAAAUGGGUACUGUCCAAAGACGAUGGCACGAAGAGUGCCAAGCUUGGUAAGGACAUUGUUGAGAGGCUCGAGGCUUCUCCCUCUGCAAGUCCAGCUGCACAACGCGUAUUAUCACUACGCCAGUAUCUUCCAUCUCUUUCUCGAUGGAUUAUCGGCUCGGACGCCUGGUCGUAUGAUCUCGGUGCAUCAGGUUUACACCACGCAAUUGCAUCCGGGCUUAAUGUCAACAUCCUCAUCAUUGACACCCUACCCUACUCUUCUCGAAAUUCAAGCGAUCCUAAUCGCCGAAAACAGGAUGUUGGUUUGUACGCGAUGAACCACGGGGAUGUCUUUGUCGCAAGUGUUGCUGUGUUUUCUUCCUACACGCAGGUCUUGCAAUCCAUCAUUGAAGCUGACCGCUUCAACGGGCCAAGUGUUGUCCUUGCCUACCUUCCAUACCAAUCCGAAGAUUCUCCUGCUCUUGAAGUUCUCAAAGAGACCAAAUUGGCCGUUGACGCUGGAUACUGGCCCCUUUACAGGUGGGAUCCUAGCAAGGAGGCGAAGGGUGAAGAACCAUUCUCUCUGGAUUCGGACGCGAUCAAAAAUGAUUUGAAACAAUUCUUGGACCGCCAAAAUCAUCUUUCACAGCUUGUUCGCUCGACACCAGAGAUCGCCACAGAGAUCGUGAGCAACCUUGGCGACACGAUCCGAGACGCGAGAAAGAAGAAGGCGCAGGCGUCAUACAACGAUCUUCUUACCUCUCUCGAUGCACCACCUGUGUUGAUAUUAUACGCAUCCGACGGUGGAGCCGCCGAGAAGAAAGCGAAGAGGUUGGCGAACAGGGCUAAGGCCAGGGGCCUUUCGACAACCAUCACAACACUUGACUCGUUCACGCUGGAAACGCUCGCGGAGGAGGAGCAUGUGGUUUUAAUUACCUCUACAGCAGGGCAAGGUGAACCACCACAGAACGGCAGGACUUUCUUCAAGUCUUUGAAUGCUGCUGCGCUUCGAAGGGACCAGAUCCUUCCCAAGCUCCAGUAUACGGUAUUCGCUAUGGGUGAUAGCCACUACUGGCCCAGAGCUGAAGAUGCACAUUACUAUAACAAGCCAGGAAAGGAACUCGAUGCUCGUCUCGAAAAGCUUGGAGCUAAACGCAUGGCGGAUCUUGGUCUUGGGGAUGACCAGGACGCAGAUGGAUCUGAGACUGGAUACAAAGUCUGGGAGCCUCUAGUCUGGAAGGCCCUAGGUGUCGAUUCAAUUGAAGUGACGGAAGCAGAACCUGAAGCGAUCACUAACGAGCACAUCAAGGCUGCCUCUGGCUUCCUUCGCGGAACGAUCUCAGAGGGUCUCCAAGACUUUACCACGGGAGCUUUGGCAGCAAGCGACACCCAGCUAACCAAAUUCCACGGUAUUUACCAGCAGGAUGACCGUGACAUUCGCGAUGAGCGUCAAGCUCAAGGCGUCGAACCUGCAUACAGCUUCAUGAUCCGCGUUCGUCUGCCUGGCGGUGUUUGCAAACCUGAUCAGUGGUUACAAAUGGACCAGAUCGCUGAUGAACAUGGAUCGGGGACGUUCAAGAUCACUACUCGCCAGACCUUCCAGUUCCACGGUGUCAUCAAAAGGCACCUGAAACCUGCUAUUCAGGAUAUCAACCGCGUCCUGCUAGAUACACUCGCAGCUUGCGGAGAUGUUAACAGGAACGUUAUUUGCUCUUCAAUACCCACCAUGUCCAAGCUACAUGAACAGGUUUUCGAGUUCUGCAACGAAGUUAGCAACCACCUCAUUCCCAGGACGUCUGCCUAUCAUGAAAUUUGGUUAGACAAAGUGCUUGUGGCAGGCGAAGCUUUGAAGGACUUUGAACCCUUGUAUGGAGAGUUCUACCUUCCUCGAAAGUUCAAAGUGGCUGUCGCAGUGCCACCAACCAAUGACGUCGACGUCUUUGCGAACGACCUUGGGUUCAUUGCCAUCGUAGACGAAGACGGGGAGUUGCAAGGGUUCAAUAUCGCUAUUGGAGGGGGAAUGGGUGUCACGCAUGGCAACAAGAAAACUUAUCCUCGUAUCGGUAGUCUCCUUGGAUUCUGCACUUACGAACAAGGCAAGUACGUUGCGGAGAAGAUCAUGCUGGUGCAGAGGGACCACGGUAACCGUGUUGACCGUAAGAACGCUCGGCUCAAAUAUACUCUUGACCGGCUGGGACUUGAUGGCUACAAGGCCGAGGUUGAGAAACUUUUAGGUUACACACUGCCACCACCUCGCCCGUACAGUUUCAAUCGCAACAUUGAUGACUUUGGGUGGCACACUGGGCAGGACGGCAAACAUCACUUCACUAUGUUCAUCGAGAAUGGACGUGUGCAAGACGAGCCCGGACGUGAAUUCAAAACUGGCUUGCGCGAAAUUGCGAAAGUUCACAAGGGAGCAUUCAGGCUCACGGCGAACCAGCAUCUGUUGGUGUCAGACAUUGCAAGUGCCGACCUCCCUUUGAUCAAGAGCCUUCUGUCGAAGUACAAGCUCGACAACCUGUCGUAUACUGGUCUGCGGUUAUCUUCUUCAGCAUGUGUCGCAUUCCCAACAUGUGGGUUGGCCAUGGCUGAAUCAGAACGGUAUCUGCCACUCCUCAUCGACAAGGUUGAGAAAUUGUGCGAAGAGAACGGACUUCGACACGACUCGAUAGUGAUGCGAAUGACGGGGUGCCCGAACGGUUGUGCUCGACCUUACAUUGCUGAGGUUGCCUUUGUAGGCAAGGCUCCUGGGACGUAUUCAAUGUUACUUGGAGGCGGAUACUAUGGCCAGAGACUAAACAAAAUUUACAGGGAAUCGGUGACGGAACCGGAAAUUCUUGCAAUCCUCGGACCAAUGAUCAAGCGAUACGCAUUAGAACGCCGAGAGGGAGAGCCAUUCGGGGACUUUACGAUCCGUGCUGGUUAUAUCGCCCCUACAACGGAGGGUAAACUGUGGUAUGAUCGUAUGGGCGGAGAGGGAGAAUACAGGGAGGUUAGCGCAGCCGCCUAA